AUAUAGAUUGCCAAAUUUUAAAAGGGUUACCUAAACUAUGGUUUUUUUUGAACUACCAUUUCAAAAGUCGGAGUAUGGCUUUUUUUGAACUACCAUUUCAAAGCUGAAAUGUCCCUUUUCCUCUAUGGAACUACCAUGGUUCAAAUAUUUGUCAUGUAUGCAGAUUUUGAAAAAUGGCAUCUUCCUCUAACAUUAGCAACAUAAGACUACAACCAAGAGUGUGCAAUUGUGGAAGAACCGCUGCCAUACGUAUUGUAAAAACCAAUGAGAAUGGAAAUGAAGGACGUUUGUUCUUUGUUUGCCCAUCAAGAUAUAGUAAGACUCCCACUCCCCAUUGCAAUUACUUCAAGUUCGUGGAUGAAGAUGAUGAAGACGUUACGUCCAGAAUCUGUACGAACUAUACAGCUUGUGAUGGUAUAACAGUACAAGACUUUAAUGAUGUCAGGACGAGGCUUCAUUCCAUGGAAACGAACUAUGGUCGAAGGCUUCAAAGGAUGGAAAGGAAUAUCAAAGCGAUGGUGUACUUCAUUGUAUUUGCUACGAUUUUCUACUUUAUGAUGUAACUUGGAAGUUUGUAGCAUUUUGGCUUGUAUGUACAUGAAGUUGUUAGCUUGUUAUCUAUUAUCUAUUUUCCUCAACUUGUGGCCUCAACUUUCGAAUGAAUGAAUGGAAUGAAUUUUGGAAUGAA